AUGGCUACUGAGACUUCGGAUGACUAUUCAGAGACGUUGGCGGCCCAAAUUGCAAGGCUGAAGAGCCCAGGACUGGAGGUGACCGAGGUCAAGCUGAGGCACGUAUCAGAAUCGCCGCCUUUGGUCUCCAGGGACUCGUCGGCCGUUCCGAGCGACGUCGACGAGAGCGGCGGACCCUACGAAGAUCGCAAGCCGGGCUCGCAGGGCGAUUAUGUUCUUUUGAGUCAGUUGGCCCCAAACAAUCCCGACGCUGCAGAGCAUGCUCUAAAUCAUGCGCUCCCCGUUAUAGAGAAGAACAAUUCGUCCCCGCCCAGGCCGAUGAGCAUUGACCCUCCGCGAUCAACGAUCGACGCGGCCGAUGAGGACCAUAUCCCUCACUCAGACGUCCUGAAGCAGGACCAAGAUGGAGACUUCAGGCUCAGAGCAAGGAAGGAGUCGUUAGAGGGCGCUCUGUGCCGCAAUGGAGGUCGACUGUCGCUGCAAGAUCCACCCUCGCCCAAUGCUGAAAAGAAACAGCAAUACGACAUCAGACCGCCUCCGCUUAGGCCGUCGCUUGCACCACGGCAGGAGGGAUUCGUGGAGGACUCCCUUGCCAAAUCGCCGCUACUCUCCAAGUUCACGAUCGAUGAGCGCAAUGGCGACCCCAAUAAUACCCUAGCUGCGAUGCAGACGACGUCUCCUCCGAGACCGUCAGUUGGCCCACAAGAAGGAAGGCAGACGUUACCGUCCUUGACCACCGCACUCAGCGAUGCCGGCUCUCCAUUCUCAGCGCCGUCCCCCUACCUAUCUCGUUCAGCGUCCUCAACAUUCGGGCAUCCACUGUCCUCGAUCUCGUCAGCAAUGUCACCGCCCAAUUACUCUUCCAAUCCUUCGCUGUGGACAACAUCACGCAAGCAAACCAAUUCAACAUCGACCCCUUCUGAUUACGCUGCCUCGGCCUCAACGCCGCAAUCCGCCUGGACAACCCAGUCACCCGCUGGCUCUCUAACGACGCCACUGAGCAGCACCUCAUCCCACCCAGCACCGCCGCCACCAUCUGCAGCCCAACCCGGAUCGAUAGCAGAGCCCACCUUAACAACAACGGCCAGCGGUCCCCUCCUCUCUCCCACCCACCAACCCCUCCCAUCAGACCACAGCGCCAAUUCAUCCAUCUCCAUCUCCUCCCCGACCGCCGCUCUCUCUACAGCUGCCGCUGCCCAAGCCGCGAGCCUCAAUGGCAUCUUCCGCUGCUCCAUGCCUGGCUGCACGGCCGUCCCCUUCCAGACACAGUAUCUCCUCAACUCGCACAUGAACGUGCACUCCGACCAGCGCCCGCACUUCUGUCCGGUUAGGGACUGCCCCCGUGGCCCCGGCGGACAGGGCUUCAAGCGGAAGAAUGAGAUGAUUCGGCACGGUCUUGUCCACACCAGCCCAGGCUACACCUGCCCCUUCUGUCCAGACCAGACGCACCGAUACCCACGGCCUGACAACCUGCAGCGGCAUGUGCGCGUGCACCACAUGGAGAAAGACCGCGACGAUCCCAUGCUGAGAGAGGUGCUGGCGCAGCGUCCUGAAGGUGGCGCAAGGGGUAGGCGGAGACGCUUGGGAACCUGA